AUGGAGGAAGGCACGAAGAAACAAAGUCAAGGAGACGAGUGCUCGUUUUUUAGUUGCUUAAAUAGAAUGUACGAUGCGACAGCGAAAAAAAAACACGCUUUAGAUUUUUUACAUUUCCAAGGAAUGAAAAGAUUCGUCGAAUUUGCGGAAAACCGUGUGGCGAGAAAGUCGGGGAAAGACGGUUUCCGUAUAACCAAGGUAACUGUGGCUUGCAACGUCCAUUUUCAAGUAGAUGACAUAUUGCGUGUCCCAGGGGGGAGUUGGUGAACUUUAAGGAAAGGAGCAGUCCCACUAAAAUGGAAUGAACGACGCAAGGUAGACGAAAAGAAAAGAAAAGUUCCAGGACAACGAGAAACGUCACUGAAUGUAAACAAGUCACCGCCAAAAAACUCGAACAAAGAUCACUCUGUCAAACAGUUGUCGACGACGUCAGAGGUAGUACAAUUGGGAAAUGCGAACGUCGAUUCACUCCGUGUCUCAGCGUCUAAAGCUCUGUGUAAACUCGAUAACGAGCUAGAUGAGAAAGUUAAACUUCUCAGUAAUACUAAGGACAAAAGUCCAAUUUUUUCUGCGAUUAAUAUGACCGAUAAUGAAAAAUGUAAGCAUUAUACUGGUUUCCCCAAAUAUGCAGUGUUUAUGGUAUUGUUUGAUUUGUUAGAGCCUGGUAUGAAUGGUGAGAAUGUCAAGCUUGAGUCAGUUCCCAGUGCUUACACAAGUUGUGCACGUAGACGACGGCUCAUUGGCAAAGAGCAGUUUCUCUUAACACUGACGAGGUUAAGGAGAGGCUUCUCCACUUAA